GGUUUCCUGAGCCCCAUCUGCCAGAAAGUUUUACUGACAGCAGGAACUGGGAACCAAUUUUAAACGCAAUCCUAAGAGAGAAAAGGCUCAGGAAGAAGUAGGAGUAUAAUCAGUAAACUAGACAGGAUGGUCAAAGGAUCGAACGCACGGCAGAGCCGUGUUAGUUUCUCUGCAGGGGAUGGAGAAGUGACCACUACUGUGGUUCUUCGAGAGAUGUUGAACCGGAUAGAGGCCAUGAAGACCGGGAUGGACACUAUGAAUGUUCGUCUAGACCUUCCAAGAGCUAAGGUACCUCCAGAGAACAUACCCAGCUUUGAUGGAACCAAGGUUAGGGAAUUCCUGGAAGACUAUGAUGUUUUCGGUAUGAGCCACGGUUGGUCGGACAAGCAGAAGUUGAAAGCUCUGCUGGCCUAUAUUGAGCCAAAGAUGAGAGUGUCGGUGACAAAGACGACACAAGGACUGACAACAUGGGUUGAGGUUAGACAAAAGAUGCUGGAAGAAUACGCGAAGUAUGACGUCCCAACAACCAUGCAAAAUUUGUUGGACGUACGACGCUCCAAGUACGCUACCCUCGAUCAAUUCCUAGAGGAUUUUGAGAGGGUUGCGCGGAGAGUACCCUUCCUAGGCGAGGCACAAAAAUGUCAUGUCCUACUGACUAACUUCGCAGAGGAUGAAAGGAAGAGUGUGGUAAGUCGUGCUGCCCAUUAUCCUCUAAAGUGGGAUGAAGUAGUUGAGAUGGUCCGUGAGCUACCUUCCGUGUCCAACCGAAAAUGGUCCUUGGAACAGAUGAAAGCAAUCACCAGUGCAAGAGAAGGGAAUGUUGAGGCAGCUACGGGAGGAAACUUCAAGGCCGAGGAGAUCCUUGGUCUUCUCGUUAAGCUUGGUAGCUUCGAGAAGUUAACCCUUCCUGCCCCAGCAACUCAAGCACUUGUUGGAGCCGAAGAAGGUAAGGAAGAAAGAAAGAAGGAGAGGCAAAAGGAAGAGAGUGAGAGUGAGAGCGAGAGUAGUGAUGAGGAAGAUGCUAGGCGGAAAAGAAAAGAGAGACAAAAGAAGAAGCGCGACUGGGAUUGGAAGAAAGAUAAUAAGAGCCGAGAUUGGCAAAGGAGAGAUGACCCCUUCCGAUGUUAUUAUUAUGACGAGGAAGGCUAUACUAUAACUCGGUGCCCUAUACUAGAGAAGAAACUCGAAGAAGGGAUUGUCAAGAAGAAUGUCAAUGGGCACGUCUGUGAUGCCAAUUGGAACAAGAUAGAUUUCCGAGUCAAAGGAGGGAUGCGAGCAGUUAUCCUAGAACAGGCUAGAGCCAAUAAGGAUAAAAAAAAGAAGGCUAGAGUUAACGUUAUCACCUUUGAUGGUAUGCUACCUCCGGUGAUAGUGGCUCGAGACGACAAUCCUGGAAGUCAAAGUCUGAAUGUAUCUUAUAUCAGCCAAAAGGAGGUCGAAGAGAAAAAACGAGAAAAGGCUCAAAGAGAGUUAGACCAGCUGAUUGAUGGGACCAAGGACCUAGUGAAGGAAGGAAAAGGGAAGGAAGCUAUUGGGAAGAAAAGAAGGGUGGUCUUGAGAUCCGAGGCCGAGGAAGGGAUCUCAAUAGAUGAAGUCAUGGAGGACAUAUGCCCAGAGGUCACGUUCCCAUAUAUCGAUGACAAUCCGGUUAAAGAACCGAAGGAAAAGGAUGAGACCUUAGUGGAUGGUCGAGUUAGGCGGUUUGUGUGGGAACUUGCUCAGGGAGUGGCGAAAGUACUAGAAAUGUUGUUUAAGUACAAUCUAACAGCUAGUGGACUGAAAUCACUACUGUUCCAAAGAGAGGUAACGAUCUUGGGUUUCAGGUGCUUCCUGGAAGGGAGAAGCCCCGAUCCUAAGAAGGUGGAUAAAAUCCUGAACUGGCCUAUGCCUCUAAGGAUGGUUGGGGAAGUAAGGAGCUUCCUAGGGGUCUGCAGCUUCUGGCGGAUCUUCAUUCCCGGAUUUGCCAGGAUAGUCGAACCCCUUAGAGAAAUGGUGCGACAAGGAGCUAGCUUAGAGUGGUUUGACCAAAGAGAGAAGGUUGCGCGGAUGCUUCAAGAUAAGUUAAGAGAUGGCGGAGUCGUACUAGGAGUAACCUACUUCGACGAUGAAAGGGAGAGACCCUUCAUCAUUGAAGCCGACGGCGGCCCGAUAGCAUUAAGAGGAGUGCUUGUGCAGCGAGACGAUAAUGGUAAAGAAAGACCACAUAGAUUUGAGAGUCGCACUCUUAAUUCGGUUGAGAGAGGCUAUAUUCAGUUCAGGAAGGAGCUUCUGGCAAUCCUGCACUGUCUCAGAGUGUUCAGACACUACAUUAUGGAACGAAGAUUCAUCUUAAGGACGGAUUCCACGACAGUAAUUGGGGCUGUUAAGAGACAUCAGCAAGUAGAUGCGACGAUCAGUAGGUGGAUAGCUCAUAUAUGGACAUAUGAUUUUAUAUUAGAAAAGGUACCUACUGAUAAAAAUCGAGCUGAUGGGUUAAGCCGCGUGGAAUGGGGAUCGAUAGAUAAUGAAUCUCUUGAAGAGGCGCCUUUCGUUGAUGAAUUCCUUAUGGGGGACAAUGAUGCUCCCAAUUGUUAUACGGCCUCAGCCAUGGCCACCAGUAGAGAAGAUUGUUGGGGUGAAAAGGAAGAUCCCUACCUCCACUACCUUUUGAUUCAAGAGGAUGAGGAAGAAGGGUGGUAUGGGAUGGUAGAACAUGCCGCUGUUGCAGCUCAUGAGCUGGCUGAGAGUUCAACAAUGGCUGAGCGUCGAUUGAAUGAGAUAGACGAUGGGUCAGAAGAUCUAGAGCAGAGUAAGGAUGAUGAAGGAAGGUUUAGAAAGGAAGAAUAUGAUGGAGAAUAUAAGAGGAUCGGUAUGGUGAUGAGUAGUAAUCACUUGAACGAGUUCUACCAUGAGAGAACAAAGAGGACCUUUAGGCUACGUAGGGGUCACCUCUUUGUAGAUGCUAAGGAAGGACUACCGCCGCCGAGAGUGGUGUGUGGUAGAGAAAAGCAACUAGAGGUGAUAGCCGCGUUGCAUGAAGGUCUAGCAGGGGGUCAUAGGGGUGCUGAUACUACGUACUAUAAAGUAUCUCGACUAUGUCACUGGGAUGGUCUGAGGGAUAUGGUUAUGAGAUAUUGUACCCUACAGCCAGAUGAAGACAACGGGGUUUGGUAUGACCCGGCAGUAAGUGGCACAGAGCCAGCAGACAAAGAGAAAGGGGUUUGUUGCAUUGCGUACCGCAUCGAUUCAAAGACUGCAUCUGCGCAGCCAUAUCGAGUAUUGAGCCGAUUCUAGACUGCACUUGCGCAGUUGCAUUCAGUACCGUAUCGAUUCAAAGACUGCAUCAGCGCAGCCAUAUCGAGUAUUGUGCCGAUUCUG